AGUGCCCGUCUAUGAAAUAAUAACUUGUGUGUAUUGACCAGUUUUGGCUUGCUGCUCAUUACGGAAGAUUCCCUUCUUGACACACUUUAUUUCACCACUCUGAACUUGUCGUCACUCGAGUGGGAGUUUUUCUUCUUCUUUUUUUUUUUCUUCUUGUGGUCGGCUGGUUUGUUUUCGCUCUACUGUUUACUCAAUUAGGUAGAGGUGUGGUAGAGAGAGAGAGAAAGAGAGAGAGAGAGAGAGAUCUUGCAGCUGGUAGUGUACAGGUUUGUUGUUCUGGGUGUUGCUGAGCAGGACAGAGAAGAUCCUCUCAGGCAGAGAGAGCGAAAGAGAGAGAGAGAACGAGAGAGAGAGAGAGAGAGAGAGAGAGAGGUUGGCCUCAACGUCUCUGUUGUGAGCAUAAACACAGUGUGAGACGGCCAACAGAUCGACAGCUCAGCCUCAUGGGAAAGUAGGGCCCCAGGACUCGUGAACAGAUGCCCUUACGCAUCCAGAGAAUCAGCGAAGGAGUUCAGAAGGGAGAAGAUCAUCCUUGCGCCAUGAUUCGAAAAGAAACCAAAAGAUAGAGACUCCUGCCGUAGGGCUCGGCUUUGAGGUCCAGGCGAUGUCGUUUCGCGAAGACCUUCGCAAAGUGAGGAAGAAGGCAUCGUUCUGCGUCACGCACUGGACACAGCAGAACGGCUCCAGCAACACCUCCUCGCAUAGGAAGUCACGUCAGGAAGGAGGAAGCAUGAAGAAGACCAGGAGGCCAGUGCAGAGGAGGAUGACCUGCCCGAGUCCUCAGGAGAUCAGUCGGGCGCUGCAGAGCCCCACCAUACCUGCAAGCGCCCGUGCUGCCAGUCUGGACGAGCUCAUUCAGCGAUGCCUGCAUUGCUUUGACUCUGAAGGGAAGUUAAUCCGAGGCAUACAGCUUGUCAAUAUGACUCUGAUGAUGCACAACUGGGUUGUGCCCUCGCACACGUUCGCUCAUAAACUACUCUCUCUCUACAGAGACUGUCCUGUGGAGAAGAGACCCCAGCGGAGGCCUCAGAUCUGCCAGUUCAUCAGGCACUGGAUAUCUCAUUAUCAUCUGAUGUUUGAGACGGACCCUCUGUUGGAGGAGGUUAUGGGGGAUAUGUGUGCUCUGGUCAGGAAUGAUAAGGACUCCCACUUCCAGCUGAUUGACACUCCAUACCCUAAUCCCCCAGCAGACUUCUGCCUGGCUCCCUCACCCUCAGUGAAGAAAAGAAAGGUGUCUCUGCUGUUUGACCACAUGGAGGCUGAUGAGAUGGCGGAGCACCUCAGUUACCUGGAGUUCAAAAACUUCUGCAGCGUUUCAUUCCUGGAUUACCGAAGCUAUAUUGUGCGUGGCUCGGUGAGGAAUAACCCAGCCCUGGAGCGUUCUGUCAUGAUGUGUAACGGGGUCUCGCAAUGGGUCCAGCUCAUGAUCCUCAACAGGCAUACACCACAACAGAGGGCUGAAGUCUUCACAAAAUUCAUUCAUGUAGCACAGAAACUGAGGUCCCUGCAAAAUUUCAACACUUUGAUGGCAGUCAUAGGCGGUCUGUGUCACAGCUCCAUCUCUCGACUCAAAGACACGGCCAGUCUACUCUCCUCUGACAUCACCAAGGCGCUGAGCGAGUUCACGGAGUUGCUCUCCUCCUACAGUAACUACACUAACUACAGACGAGUGUACAACGAGUGCACCGGCUUUAAAGUGCCCAUCCUGGGUGUACAUCUUAAAGACCUUAUCUCUCUAAACGAGGCAUUGCCUGACUACCUGGAUGGUGACAAGAUCAACCUGGGAAAGCUACAACACCUGUUUUGCAACAUCAGCGACCUGCUGGCCAUCCACAAAUGCAAGCCACCUUUUGAGGCCAACAAAGACCUGCUUCACCUGCUAACGCUUUCCCUGGACCUGUACUACACCGAGGAUGAGAUCUACGAGCUCUCGUACGCCAAGGAACCCAAGAAUCCCAAAAUACAGCCUGUAACCCCAGUGAAGCCCCCUGUGGUCGCUGAGUGGGGGUCAGGCGUGACUCCCCGCCUUGAUCCAGACACCAUUUCUAAACACGUCAAACAGAUGGUGGACUCGAUCAUGAAGAAUUACGAUCUGAACAUGGACGGCUACAUCUCUCUGGAAGACUUUGAGAAGAUAGCUGCUAAUUUUCCUUUCUCCUUCUGCACUCAUGACAGUGACAGGGAAGGAGAGAUUAGCAGAGAGGAGAUCACAUCAUAUUUUAUGCGAGGGAUGUCGGUAUGCGCUAAGCUGGGCUACAACCUGCACAACCUGCACAACUUCCAUGAGAUGACGUACAAGAGACCCACCUUCUGCGACUCCUGCCGUGGAUUUCUAUGGGGAGUCAUAAAGCAAGGCUACCACUGCAAAGACUGCGGGGUAAACUGUCAUAAGCACUGUAAAGACCUAGUUUCAAUGGAAUGUAUGAAGUUCCAGGUUUCUGGUGGUUCCUGUCCCUGUACACCAGGACCAGGAUCGGGCAUAAGAUUGAAGGGAAACAGCUGGGGUUCUGAGGAAGAAGCAUUUGUCUUUCCUCAUGGAAAUGCAACUGAACACUCCAAGAGUCAGAACACUCCGCAGAACAUCGCCGAGAACUCCUCACUGUUGGACCGCUCCACUCAGACAGACCCGGGAGUAUGGACACCAGUGGGGAACCGCAAAGACCCGCACCAUUCCAAAAGUCUCUCGCCUACUGAGAAGAGUGCCACUUUGCCAAGUAGAAUGAGAGGCUCGUCUGCACCCAGCUCUUUCCUCCAGGAGAAAAUGACAGAACUUCAGCUAAACAAAGACAAAUGCAAGGAACCAGACUGAAUCCUGCUACAUGGCCAAGACAGAAAAAAAAAAAACUGGGUCUCCACUUAGUAUUUGGGAAUGGACUGUUUAAAUACAUGAAACAUUUAUUUCAUUAAAUUUAACAAACGGAAAAAAAAUGUGCACACACCUUCUAGAGAUGCAUUAAAUGUAAAGAAUACUUGAGCAAGAUCAUCGUGAUUUCAGCUACACCUUUAAAGCCACAGGGACAAGAAAAGAACAGAGAUAAUCACCAGCAUCCACUGCCAAGAUGUGUGAAUAUUAAUGAACACUUCUAACACAAGCAUCCAAAGGUGGACUACCAGAGCUCAGCUUUCAGCACUACUGCCUACUUAGGUGUAAGACUUGUGCACCUCUAAACCAUCUGAAUGAUUAAUUAUACCGUAAAGGAAAAAAAAAAAAAGGUGCUUACUGCAACAGCUGUGCUCGUGUGUACCAAAAAAGUUAGACAUUUAGCCUUUUGUGUUCACACUGACGCAUGUGUUUUGUACUGUGAAUUUCAUCAAGGUGUGUGGAGGAUGCCGUCUGUGCCUCAUAUUACUGGAAUGUAAACCGCUCCGUCUUGCCGAAAGGCCAAUGUCGGCUGGUGCUCUACUCUCAUAAUGCAUCACUGUGCCUUACGCAAUGGCCACUUUCAGUCAGAGUAUGGAUGAAGGGUACUAAAUACACUGAUCGAGCCAAUGGGGAAUACUGGAAAUGUGGAGUUAAUGUGAUUUUAUUUUUCCAUUAAUUGUUCCUCUAACAACGUUCCAUCGAAUGUAUGUUUCCGACUUGAAUGUCUGUCUUACUAAAUCCUGAACUUAG